GCAUUAGCAGCCUACGACAUGAAUGUUGCAGUCGUCGGAGCGACUGGAGAGACUGGCCAGUCAAUAAUUAAUGGUCUUAAGGAAUCAAGCACUUCUUUUAAUAUCACGGCGCUUGUUCGCACCGUAGAUACACCUGAAAUCCACCAGCUCAACUCUCGUGGCAUAGCUACUGUCGCAGUCGAUCUGGAGGGUCCUUAUGAGGAUGUCGUAAAGAGCUUGAGCGGUCAAGAGGUCGUCAUAUGCGCAAUCAACCCAUUCUGUGUUUCACAGCAAAUUACCUUGGCAAAUGCUGCGAGCGAAGCAAAGGUGAAGAGAUUUGUGCCCAGCGCUUUUGGUCCUGUUUGCCCGCCACGCGGCGUCAUGGCAUUGCGAGAAUUGAAAGAGGAGGUUAUCAGCCACGUGAAGAAAAUUCACCUUCCUUAUACCGUAAUCGAUGUGGGAUGGUGGUAUCAAUCAUCUAUCCCCAAACUGCCUUCGGGAAAGAUUGAUUAUGCUGUGACAUUCGGUAUGUCAAGGAUUGUGGAAGAUGGCCGCCAAGCUACCUGUAUCACCGACCUUAGAGACAUCGGUCGAUAUGUGGCUCUCGUUAUUGUAGACGAGAGGACUAUCAAUAAGUAUGUUUUUGCCUACAACGAACUAGAAUCCCAGGAGAGUAUUUUUCGACAGCUCGAAGCUGCAAGUGGAGAAAAGAUUCCAAGAAUCCAUACGACGAACGAAGAGGUUCUAUCAGCAAUUACGACCACAAGAAAGCCGUAUGAUGAAGGAAACAAGUCGUUCCUCAAGAUAAUACCUCUAGUGCUUGCUCAGUAUCCCUACUCCUUAUGGGUUCGUGGUGAUAAUGUUCCCGAAAAGGCUCAGUAUCUUGGCUAUUUAUCCAGCAAACAACUCUACCCUGAAUUCAACUACGUCCCUUUCGCCUCAUACAUUCAGGAGGUCUAUCAGGGCAAAGGAAGGGCAGUAUAUAGCAACCGUAGGUUUGGUUUCACAAAGCCCUAA